GUCUCCACUUGGAAGGAGCUGGAUCGACACCGCUGGGAGGUCAUGAGCUGCGCAGGCAAAAACCCAACGACAAUGACAACUCCAAAAGGAUUCCUACUGCUCCUCGGGUUUGUGACCUUCACACUUCCUGUCACAUAUUACUACUGGAUCACCAGAUUACAUGACAAGACAGAGGUCAGAAAACAGCGGCAGGAACUGAGAAAGCAGCUGAUUAUACAGAUGUGCAAAACUAGCAAACAGGUAUUUUCCCAGAUGAAGCACAAUUUGGAAGAUCUAACCAGCCUGGAUCUGGAAAACUUCAUUGUGAAUGACGAAUAUGCCGUCAUCUACUGCUACAUUCCCAAGGUGGCGUGUACAAACGGGAAGAGGCUGAUGAUUUCCUUGAACAAGGGGAAGCCAUAUCAAGACCUCAUGUCGAUACAUCCCGACGUUGUUCAGAAUUAUAACUUCCAUUACUUGAGUCAUCUCCCAAAACCAGAGCAACAGAUAAGGCUGAAGCACUUCAAGAAGUUCCUGUUUGUUCGAGACCCCUUCAACCGUCUCCUCUCUGCCUUUCGAGGCAAGUUUCAGAAGUUCAAUUGGUAUUUUUAUGAAAAUUAUGCCUGGCAUAUUCUGCAUCAUUUUGGUCAUCUUCCUGAACCAACACCUUCUAUGCAUGAGGCAUUUACAUCAGGUCUGUUCCCAUCAUUCAAUAACUUUAUUGAGUACCUGCUGGACCCUCAGACGGAGAAGAACGUGCCCUUUGAACCUCACUGGAGGCAGAUGCAUCGCCUGUGCCACCCUUGCCACAUACAGUUUGAUUUUAUUGGUCAUCAGGAGACUCUCCAAGAUGAUGCUGAACAGCUGCUCAAUCUCUUAAACCUUCAGGAUGACAUUAAGUUCCCCCCGUCCUAUGAAAACAUGACUUCCUCCAACAUGGUGUUGGACUGGUUCAGAACGGUGCCCCUAGAGGACAGAAGGAAGCUCUACAAUAUGUACGAGGAAGACUUCAGGCUGUUUGGAUACGAAAAACCAAAUUCUCUGCUAGAUGAAUAAGUCAUACUUCUAAGCCUUAUGUUGUUGGAUAACUUCAACAUCCAUAUGAAGAAGCUCCUCUCUGUAAAGCUUUUCAGGUUGAUUUGGAUACAUUUGGAUUUAGUCAUUUUUCUACAGCUUUAGGAUGUGGACAAAACAAAGCAUUUUGAUUUUGGUCAUCAGGAAGUGACUCCGGAAUCUUGAAAACACUCAUUGAAAUUGUUAACUAUUUUUGGACUUUUUAUGGACAAAACAACUAAUCAAUUAUUUGACUGAUUAAUCAAUUAUGAAAAUAAUUGUUUGUUGCAGCCUGACUGGCUCUGUCUUUGGAUACCACUUUGGUGCUGCUGCUGGACCUUAGUGCAGCUUUUGGGAAUAUAAAUUACUGAAUUUUAGACAGAAAAUUAUUUUGACAUUUCCAGUCAGGUUUGUUCUUGUUUGGCAUCAUAUUUAUCCAACUGAUCCCAAUGUGUCUUGUAUAAUAACACGAUUUCGAAAUUAUCUGCAGUGACAUGUGGGGUAUGUCAUGGUUCUUCUCAGAGUUGUGUUCUGAGUUUGUAGUUAUUUUUGCUGUAUACUCUCAGACAGAAGUGAGGGUGUUGCACAACGACAGUUGCAAGUU